GAUUCGGGGAUCGCUCCGUGCCUCUCUCGCUCGCAGAUUCGGCGCUCGACCGCGCCGCCUGCGCAGCGCCGUCAUGGCGGCCCCCGGGGUGGAGGCGCGGGCGCUGUUCGCAGAGGGGGUUCGGGCCGUGCUGGGGGGGUGGGCGGCGCUGCAGCUGGCAGUGGCGCAGGGUUUCGGGGGCCCGCAGGGUCCCGAAAAGGCCGCGUGGCUCAGCUCGGCGCUGCUCGAUUUCUUCACUCAGAACGCUGACCUGGAGCAGGAGGAGGUUGAAGAUUUCCUGGCCGAGGUGAUGGACAACGAGUUCGACACGGUGGUGGAGGACGGCAGCCUGCAGCAGGUGAGCCGAGAGCUGGUGACCCUUUUUGCCCGGGCACAGGGAGGGGACGUUGGGGGGGUGGGGGCGGCCCUGGGGGCUCUGGCCCGGCGUGGCCCCGCCCUGGCUGCCGCCCUGGCCACCGCCUGCCCAGGGGGAGACCCCCAGAGCCCCCCAGGGACCCCUCCCACAGCCCCCCGGAACCCCCCGGAGAGAGGGGAGGAGGAGGAAGAGGAGGAGAGCGGCGAGGAAGAGGAGGAGGCCAUGGAGUGCGGGACACCCCCGCCCCCCUCGGACGGCUGGACCGUGGUGCAGCGGCGGCGGCGGCGAUGAUGGGGGGAGGGGUGUCCUGUGUGUCCCCCCCCAGCUUGGGGGACACCCCUCCCCCACCCUGCUCCCCAAACUGGGGGGGAAUAAAGGCCCCUCCCCCCAUGGGGGUGUGGGAA